AUGGCUACUCUUUUCUGCAGUUUCACUUCCAUAAUAAUACUAAUGAUCUCUGUUUCAUUACUUCCAAUAAUCUCUUUAUCUCAGCCUUCAAAUUCUUCUGUAUGUAACGGCAUAUUAAUAUCAUACCGCUACAACACCGGCUACGCAGUGCCGCCGACCCUCUCCCCAGAGGAGAGGGCCCGCCAGCCCUACCGGUUUGAAUCAACCCUAACGAUCACCAACAACGGCCUAGUUGAGCUUAAGAAUUGGCGGGUCUUUGUGGGUUUCAAUAACAGUGAGCUGUUGGUCUCUGCUUCAACAGCCGUGCUUGCUGACGGUACCUCCCUACCGGCUGAUGUUAGCAAGGGGACUGUGUUGGCUGGAUACCCGGUGGCUGACUUGAAGACGGCGGUGGAGACCGCCGGAGAUGUUAAUCAGAUGCAGACCCGGGUUGAUUUGGUGGGUACACAGUUCGGAGUCGGGGCUCCUAAUGUUCCUUUGCCCGCUAAUAUCACACUUGCUAACGAUGGAUAUUUGUGUCGAAAUCCUACAACACAAGGAAACGAAACAAGAGUUUGUUGUAUCCUAGACUCAAACGUGAGAACAAAUAUCACCGGUGAUGAAAAGAUCAUGCCACUACAAGAUGGAGAUCUCACGAUUAUGUACGACGUGAUUAGUUCAUACGAAUCAAAUUACUUGGCACAAGUCACGAUCUCAAAUCACAACCCGUUUGCUCGUCUUGACAAUUGGAAAUUGAGUUGGGAUUGGAUGGAGCAUGAAUUCAUCAAUUCGAUGAGAGGUGCUCGUCCUAAUGUUAUUGAUACUAGUGAUUGCAUAUUUGGCAGCCAAGGUAAUUUCUACACGAAUUUUGAUUUUUCGAGGGCCUUAAGUUGUGUAAAAAGGCCAACGAUAAUUGAUCUCCCUCUUGAUAGAACAAAUGAUACUACACUAGGAAUGAUUCCUUUUUGUUGUCGAAAUGGAACAAUAUUGCCUCCUUCCAUGGAUUUAAGCAAGUCCAAAUCAGCCUUCCAAAUGCAAGUUUACAAAAUGCCACCAGACCUGAACAAGACUCAACUGACUCCUCCUCAGAAUUGGAAAAUCAAUAGUACAGUCGGCCUUGACUAUCAAUGCAGUCCCCCAGCGAGGGUAAACCCGAACCUCUUCCCUGAUCCGAGUGGACUACCUUCGGACUCAGCAGCCAUUGCCAGCUGGCAAGUCGUUUGUAACAUAACGCGUCUUAAAUCAAAGAAACCAAAAUGCUGUGUAUCAUUCUCAGCAUUCUUUAACGAUUCUGUCAUUCCAUGCAAUACCUGUGCCUGUGGGUGUGAUAGGACUACGAACCCAAGCAAUGUUUGCAGCGCCACCGAGCCACCACUUCUUCUACCGGCUGAAGCCCUACUCAUCCCAUUUGAGAACAGAACCAAUAAAGCACUAGAAUUCGCAAACCUCAAAAGGCGGGAAAUCCCGAAUCCAUUGCCUUGUGCAGAUAACUGUGGUGUAAGCAUUAACUGGCAUGUACUUACAGAUUACAAAGAUGGAUGGACUGCAAGAAUGACACUCUUCAAUUGGGGUGAAUCUGACAUUGUAGAUUGGUUUUCUGCUGUUGAAUUGGAUAAAGCAAUGCCUGGUUUUGAGGCAGUUUAUUCUUUUGCUGGAACUCCCCUGUCGGAUGCCAAUAACACGAUAUUUUUCGAGGGUCUUCUGAACCACAACUACCUUGUUGCAGAAAGAAAUGGGUCCAAACCGAAAAAGGAUCCUCGUGUUCCUGGGACGGAGCAGUCUGUGAUAUCUUUUACUAAGAAGAAAACACCUGGAAUUAAUGUGGCUCGGGGGGACGGAUUUCCCACCAAAGUUUACUUCAACGGGGAAGAAUGCUCACUUCCUACAGUACUUCCAAGCAACGCUCAUCGAAUUGCUGCGGCCUCUGCAGUAUUUAGCAGCAUUCUUUUGAUGCUGCUAAUUAUUAUAGGCCUGCAGCAGUAG